AUGGGCACGGUGCUGUCUCUUUCCCCCGCCUCCUCGGCCAAGGGCCGGAGGCCCGGCGGGCUGCCAGAGGAGAAGAAGAAGGCGCCGCCCGCCGGGGACGAGGCGCUGGGGGGCUACGGGGCGCCGCCAGUAGGCAAGGGCGGCAAAGGCGAGAGCCGGCUCAAGCGGCCGUCCGUGCUCAUCUCGGCGCUCACCUGGAAGCGCCUGGUGGCCGCGUCUGCCAAGAAGAAGAAAGGCAGCAAGAAGGUGACGCCCAAGCCCGCGUCCACGGGCCCCGACCCUCUAGUCCAGCAACGCAACCGCGAGAACCUUCUCCGCAAGGGCCGGGACCCCCCCGACGGCGGCGGCGCCGCCAAGCCCCUGGCGGUGCCGGUGCCCACCGUGCCCGCGGUCGCCGCCACCUGCGAGCCGCCGUCGGGGGGCAGCGCGGCCGCCCCGCCGCCGGGCUCGGGCGGGGGAAAGCCGCCGCCGCCGCCGCCCCCAGCCCCGCAGGCCGCCCCGCCGGUGCCUGGCGGCUCGCCGCGCAGGGUCAUCGUGCAGGCGUCCACCGGUGAGCUGCUGCGCUGCUUGGGCGACUUCGUGUGCCGACGCUGCUACCGCCUCAAGGAGCUGAGCCCGGGCGAGCUGGUGGGCUGGUUCCGCGGAGUGGACCGCUCGCUGCUGCUGCAGGGCUGGCAAGACCAGGCCUUCAUUACGCCCGCCAACCUGGUAUUCGUGUACCUGCUGUGCCGCGAGUCGCUGCGCGGGGAUGAGCUGGCGUCGGCCGCCGAGCUGCAGGCCGCCUUCCUCACCUGCCUCUACCUCGCCUACUCCUACAUGGGCAACGAGAUCUCCUACCCGCUCAAGCCCUUCCUCGUGGAGCCCGACAAGGAGCGCUUCUGGCAACGCUGCCUGCGCCUCAUCCAGCGGCUCAGCCCGCAGAUGCUGCGGCUCAACGCCGACCCCCACUUCUUCACGCAGGUCUUUCAAGACCUCAAGAACGAGGGCGAGGCCGCCGCCGGCGCCGGGGGUCCACCCAGCGGGGGCGCACCUGCGGCCCCAGCCUCCUCCUCGGCCGCCAGGGACAGCUGCGCGACCGGAGCCAAGCACUGGACUAUGAACCUGGACCGCUAG